AUGGCAAUGACAAGUGACCCCUAUGCUGGAGCGCAUGCGCCAGCAGCUGCGGCUAUACGGCCAGCUGCAGCAGCUCCUGCAGCAGCCCCUGGCGUCUUCUCCAAGCCAAGGCACGCCCCCCCCCCAGACAGCGUCGACUCCAGGCGCGCUCCAGCUUUCCGCUGCGUCUCUGCUGAGACUUGCGGAGGUUCGCCGUCUGGCUUUGGCACUGGCUGCGACGAGACCUUCGCUUCUACUGGGAAACCUUCCCCAAACGCUGCAGCAGGGGUCCUCAUCGUCACCGCAGAUCCAACAGCAGCAACAAAUGCACGGCACGCCUCCAGAGUGGAUGCCGUACAGCCCUUGACGCCUCCUGCUGGAGCAGAGCUUCCUUGGCACGCCCUUGUGCAUGCAGAAACUGGACUGAACCAGCCCUGCUUCUCGGCUGGUGCGGCUCCUGCAUCCUGCUCGCCGCAAGCAGUGCCUUCCUCCCCCCCCGCAAGGCUUCGCGUUCCUCCUUCGAGGCUCUUAGCGGGGCAGGGGAAAGCGCCGACCGGGGGGCCCCUCCCUGAGCGCGGCUCGGUUUCGAGGGCCCCCAAGGAGGAGACGCCGCCUCGGCCGUCGUCGGCGGGGGCCCCCCCCUCCCCUUCUCUCGAGACGGGGGCCCCUCGAAACGCAGCGGAAGCUCGCAGUCCGUCUCCGCCGCGCGGCGGGGGCCCCCCCGGGGCAGAAGCGCUCGAGGCAGACGAGCCUGGCAAGUCGCCCUCUGUGACUUCCGAAUCUGCGUCGGAAGGCAGCUGCAGCAACGAGGAGGAGCUGCUGGCGGCGGCUGCAGCUGCUGCAGCCGCCAUCCCUGCGAAGACAGCCGCGGAGCUGCUGAGGGCCCCAGUGCUGCCUCUGCGUAUCGAAGGGAUGCAUGCAGUGGGGGCCCCCCAGCUGCUCCAGAGCCGGCGCCACGCGCAGCGAUUUGAAUGCCCCCUCUGCGCCCCUGCCGCUUGGACCCCCGAUUUGUACCUCCGCAAUUACAAACACUACGUCUCUUACCACUGGAGGCGUCGACGCUACUUGGGAGCCUUCGUAUGCUUUCCGUGCAGACUGGGGCCCCAGCAGGCGGAAGGGCCUUAUUCGGGAGGGGCCCCGGGGGGGGGCCCCCGUCGGGGGGCCCUUCCCGCCCCUCUUUGCCACUACCAUUGCGCCAUCUGCCCCUACGUUGACUCUUCGUUUUCCUCCCUCAAGAGGCAUGUCAAGCAAGUGCAUCCAGGCUCUGCGGCAGAUCCUAAACUUGCGGCUCUUCGGCAAGAUUUCCAAACGCCUGCAUGCGACCCCCGGGCAGACUACUGGAUUGAACUGGUGCCAGCCCCCUUGGAGGAGCGGUUUCCCGAUAGCGGCUCUCUUGAGGGCGUCUCUCGUGGCAGCGACUCCUCUGAGGGGCUGCUGCCUUUGGAGAAGCGUGCUCGAGGCAUGCGUUGCUGCGCAGCGACGCAGCGUGCAGAGUCCGUUGCGCUGCUUGAGGAGGCAGCAAGGCACAGCCUGCCGCAGGCGGAGACUGCUGACGGCUGCAACCUCGCAGACGGGCUGUUGCGGCUUGAGUCUGGCGAGGGAGACGAUGCCUCUGAGCAGUCGCGGCGGCGUGUCGCCUUCGGGAGACGCGUUCGAGUGCGACUCGUAGACAAGGAGAUCUCCAUCAUGGAGCAGCUUGGAGCCAUGAUGGGGCCAGUUUUUGGCAGUGUUUUGACGCGCGAUGCCGUAGAGGGCCCCCAGCCGCAGAGGGGGGGGCCCCCUCCCUCCAUGAGGCCCUUGACGGCACCCGCAGAGGAUUUCUCCUCAAGGAUUCUCGCAGAACCUCUGGCCCCCGGAGGAGGGGCCCCUUCGCCGAGCGCCUCGUCAGCGGCGCUUCGGGUUCCGCCAAGAAAGAAGCACAGAACGAACUCGAGGCUUCCCGGGGCAGAGCGCGACGGCGUGGACGGCGAAGUUCAGACUGUGCAGCUCUUGCCAGGCAGUAAAUGCGACGCAGGUGGUCGUAAAGGGGAGAUCACUGGCAGCGUCGCGGGCAGAAGAGGGCCGAGUGGUCGAGGGGGGAGAAAAGGGGGCGGAGUGGAAGCGCCAGCGGAGGGGGGAGAAAAGGGGGGAAGUGUGGGGAUUUGGGCGGGAGGGCGUGUGGCUCCGACAGCCACUCAAGAAGCGGAGAGAGCUGCAACUUAG